CACUCCGAAGGCUUAACUGCUCGAAGGAUAUGGUUUAUGUUUCGUAACUGUAACUUAUGAAUGAAACACAUCAGAUAUUUGUGUUGAAAACAUGGAAGAAAAAGAAGUAAUAAACAGCAAUUUAUUAAAAAAAAGAAAGUAUUCUUCUCUUGGGAAAUAUUGCUACAUUGGAGCAAUGCAGGUUCAUAAUUCUACAAAAUAUGAAAGGAAGUUUCCUUUCUUCCGAGAGCCACAGAUAGUGGGAUGUUUCUCACUUGAUGGUAAUCGUGCUUACUGUAAUGACAGCCACCAACUUAAGUAUUUGCAUAUGCCUCCUAAUGGAUCAAAAGUGAACUUUGAUUUAAAUGCAGGAUAUGAAAAGGCAAUAAAAAAAUCAUUUGAAUUGAAUGAAAAGCUGGAUAAUUUAUUAAAAUGGAUUAUAAGGAACAAAAAAAAUUUCACGUAACUAGCACAACAGAUAAAGACUCUAAAGAUGGAAGUCUCCACACAGACUUCAUCUGUUACCGUGGGCUACUCACUACCAUACUUGUCACUGUUUAUGAACAACAGGAAGACUGGCUGAUAUGUGCCACCAGAUUCCAGAAUACUAUCUAUCUCUGUGCUUUUCACACAGAGAGAAAAAAAAAAGGGAAAGUGACCUGACUGAGCGGGAUAAGUUAAUGUCUUCCUGGGGAUACAAAUUUGAGCAAUACAUGACUUCAGGGAAAGAAGAUGAACCACCUGAUCUUAUAGCACCUAUCAAUGAAAAAGAAGAAUACUGUUCUGUAUUAAGGACUCGCUUAAACAGACACUCUUUAGUUUAUGGAGCAGAGGUAGAUGGGUUAGAUUCAGUGUCACAGAAAUCAGAUAAGUCAUGUAAAUGUAGCUCUUUACAGCAUUUUGUUGAACUCAAGACUUCACGGAAAAUUUCACAUCCUAAACAAGAAAGGAAUUUCUUUCGAUACAAGUUAUUGAAGUGGUGGGCACAGUCCUUUUUAGCAGGAAUUCCAAGAGUCAUUUGUGGCUUUAGAAAUGAUAAUGGUAUUGUUGAGAAACUACAAACAUUUUCUCUGAAGGACAUAUCUCAGAAAGGAAGGGAUUUGUGGUCUCCUGCUGCUUGUAUGAAUUUUUGUGAUGACUUUUUAUCUUUUGUACAAAAGAAUGUGACUAUUGAUGACCCACAUGUAGUGUACAAGCUGGAAUGGCAGCCUCAUCAAGAUAUAAAACUGUAUCUGUUAGACAAACCUGAAGAAUUCCAGAUACUUCCUGAGUGGUACAUUAAGGAGAUGACUACGUAUGAUUUAGAUACUUCACCAGACUUGUUGUAUACAUUUCCAAAUUUUAAAAAUGCUAAACUUUAGGCCCUUUGAUAUAACUGACCAUCAAGAAAAACCAUAGAACAUUGAUGAUGUAAACUCUAUAUGAACAUGUUCAGCUGAUCAGUGUUUUUAAAGUUGCUGUGCAUAAUGUUUUACUAAAUGGAAUAAAAAGUAAAAGAUUUGUUGUGAUUAUGUAAUACAGAUUUGGAUUUUUUUUCAAA